AUGUGUUCAGGUUUGGAGAUUAUUUUAUUAUUUUUUAAGACAAUAACAAAAGAAAUUGGUCUUAUUACAUUGGGCAAUAGUGGUGUUGGUAAAAGCUUUUUAGCUAAUGUAUUAUUAGCUUCAGAAACAUUUUUACAUAAAUUUUCAAUUAAUUCUGUAACACGUAAUACAGAAUAUAAAGAACUUUAUAUUUCCAAUACAUCAUUUGCUAUAUUUGACGUACCCGGUUUAAUUGAAAAAAAUCAAGAACGUAUAGAAUCGAAUAAAACACAAAUUUAUAAAGCAUUUGAAGAACGACCGACUUCCAUUAUAUUAUUUGUAUUUAGUCAAACAGGUGGUCGUAUACGUGAUGAGGAUCUUGUUGCAUUUCAAGCCAUUAGUGAUGCAUAUCCGAUGACAUCGCAAUCAUUAGUAUUUGUUAUUAAUAAUAUACCUGAUUAUUUACCAGAUAAAGAAAAUUAUGAAGGUGAAAUGAUUUUCUUUUUAAAAGAAAUAACAAAAAUGAAUAAAAUUAAUGUUUGCUUUUUGAAUCAAGUACAAAAUGAUCAAAACUAUCGUUUAAAUUUAAUGAAUAUGCGAAUAAAAUUAACACAGUUUUUAUUAAACUGUAUACCACAGGAACAUAUAAAACAGCAUGACAUUAUAUUACAAGCUGACCAAAUAAAAGAUUUAAAACAAAUUGUUAAUGAUGUACAAAAUAAGUUUUCUAUCGAAAAACAGCAAUUAGAAGAAGAAAUACGUGAACAGCAAAAAAUUUAUACGGAUAAAAUGAAAAAACAACAGUAUGAUUUUGAACAAAAAGUACAAGAAAUGCAAAAACGACAAGAACAACAAUUUCGAGAACAACAAAAACAACAAAGUGAAGAAAAACAUCAACGACAAUUACUUGAACUAAAGCUAAAAGAACAAGGUGCAUCUAGUCACCAAUUACAGGAAUUAUUGAAUCAAGUACAAGCUGCGCAAGCAUAUCGUGAAGAGCUACAGAAAAAUGAAGAAAAAUUCCAGCAACGAUAUCGAGAGCAGCAAAUAUUGAGUAAACAAAUAGAACAAUCAUAUGAAAAACAAAUAAUGAUACAACAAGAAAAGGUUCAAGAUUUAAAUGAACAAUACAGAAAAGACAGAGAACGUAGAUUUGAUGAACUUCGUGAUAUACAAAACGCUAAUAUGCAGUUCCAGAAACAACAAAUGGAACAACAACAAAAAAUAUCACAAGAACAACUUCUGUAUUUUCAGCUAAUUGAUGACAAAUUGAAAAAGGAUACACACUGUAACAUCGCAUAG